UUCACUUUUGAUAAUCGAGUGAAUUUGCCGCCACUCUGUUCCUUCCAGCAUGGCUAAGAGCGCAGAAGUGAAGCUGGCCAUCUUUGGUCGAGCUGGCGUGGGCAAGUCAGCUCUCGUUGUACGCUUCCUGACCAAACGGUUCAUCUGGGAAUAUGACCCAACGCUAGAGUCUACAUAUCGUCACCAGGCUACCAUUGAUGAUGAAGUGGUUUCCAUGGAGAUACUAGAUACAGCUGGUCAGGAGGACGCUAUUCAGAAAGAAGGACAUGUGCGAUGGGGUGAAGGAUUCGUGCUGGUUUACGACAUCACAGACAGAGGCAGCUUUGAGGAAAUGCUGCCACUUAAGAACUUGUUGGAUGAAGUUAAAAAACCCAAAAAUGUCACCCUGAUCCUGGUGGGGAACAAAGCAGACUUGGAUCACUCCAGGCAGGUCAGCACAGAGGAAGGUGAAAAGCUGGCCACAGAACUAGCAUGUGCUUUUUAUGAGUGCUCUGCUUGCACAGGAGAGGGCAAUAUUAUGGAGGCCUUCUAUGAGCUCUGUCGUGAGGUACGGCGUCGAAAGAUGGUCCAGGGCAAGACUCGGAGACGAAGCUCCACCACCCAUGUCAAGCAGGCAAUUAAUAAGAUGCUUACCAAAAUCAGCAGCUAAAAAGAGCUGUACUAAGCCAGAGAAGCAUUUUAGAGUAUAUUAGCUUGGAGUAGGGACAAGGCAGGCAGAGCACAUUUAAUUAAAAAUGGUCAAAGCUUUGCAAUUAAAAAAUAGAAAAGACAAACCACACCACUUUUUUGAGUAACACGGGGUCAGACUUUUUUCCUGUUUCGAGAUGUAUUUAGCCACACUGCUUCUGGCUGACGUGGGGAAAAAAAAAAAAAAGGAA